UUAAUCCCAAGAAUUGAGCAGAGCAAAAAUCCCUAUUGCUCUUGUACCUAAAACAUCUCUACCCCAAGGCUCGUCCCUUACACUCUCUUUAGGUGGUUCAUAUGUGCACAUUCUGUGUCCCCAAUUAGCCAGUGCUGGGCAUGGAUAACCUCUGCUCCUCCUGUUUCUUGUGUUCUAGCCCCAAAACCAUCAAAAUCUUUCCUCGUCCUUCCAGGUGUCUCCAGUGCUGUGCCCUGGCUGUGUGCUCUUGCUCUUAGAAGCCCAGAGAAUUUUGCUUUCCCCUCUUCCAUGACCCUUAACCUGUUCUAACACAUUAUUAAUGGCCUCUGUCUGUCAGUUGGGAGCACUUCCUGAAGGAGGGGCUUUUGUCUGGCCUGUCUCUCAGCUUUAGCCCGGAGCGUCACAGUUGCAGGGUGCUCGUGACUCUUUUGCUGAACAGAGGUGCUCGGUCUCCUUGGCAAGAGAAGAUCUGUGGGAUCCUCCAAUGGGGAGCUCUCCCCUCCAGGGGCCUGCUGGCUAGUAACAUACCAGAAUGUCCAAGAGUGACUUCAUAAAGCAACGAUGCCCUCUGUGGACCCUUCUCUGAGGCCUCUUGGAAUCUAGAUGCUGAGGAGAUUCCUAAGCAGAGAUUUUCUGUUGGAUGGUAAAAGCAAGGAAUAAAAAUUGAAAAUUUGGAAAAUGUCUCAACACUUUUAUCACCAGAACCACACAAGAGUCAUUUCUAGCUCACUGUUAGAGAACGUGUUGCUGCUGUUCUAUGAGACGUUAUGGAAAUUUCAGAGGAAAGAUACUCAGUGUCAGGCAUUUGUGAAGAGAGUUAUAAUGAGUCGUCUCUUUAAGAUAAUUAUGAUUAGCACCGUCUCAACGAAUGCCUUUUUUAUGGUCUUGUGGACUGAUUAUAAAACAAGAUACAACUUGUUCAGACUUUUUGAGGUCUCAGAGCUCAUCUUUGUGUCCAUCUAUAGCUCCGAGUUCUGCAUGAAGCUCUACGUGGACCCCAUCAACUACUGGAAGGAUGGCUACAACCUGCUAGAUGUGAUCAUUAUCAUCAUCAUCUUCAUCCCCUACAGUCUCCGCAAGAUCAAGGGCAAGCACUACCCCUACCUCAACAUUGCCGAUGGCGUACAGUCCCUGCGCAUUCUCAAGCUUGUCACCUAUAGCCGCGGCAUCCGGACGCUCAUCACCGCUGUGGGGCAGACAGCCUACACCGUGGCCUCUGUGCUCAUCCUGCUCUUCGUCCUGAUGUACAUCUUCGCUGUCCUGGGCUUCUGCCUAUUUGGAGUUCCAGAGAGGGCUGACCUGAAUAACUGGGGGAACCUGGCUCUGGCCUUCUUUACCCUCUUCAGCUUGGCCACGGUCGAUGGCUGGACAGACCUGCAGCAGCAGCUGGAUGCCCGGAAUUUUAUUCUGAGCCGUUCGUUCACCAUCAUCUUCAUCUUGCUUGCCUCCUUCGUCUUCCUUAGCAUGUUCGUGGGUGUGAUGAUCAUUCACACUGAGGACUCUGUCAAAAAGUUUGAGCGGGAGCUGAUGCUAGAGAGACACAUGACACUCAUGGAAGAGAAGCAUGUGAUUUUGAAGCGGCAACAGGAGGAGGUCAGCAAGCUGAUGCAGACACAGAAGAACGUUGACCACAAAAGUUUCACUGAGCUGGUGGAGAAGUUCAAGAAGACCCUGCGGCACACUGACCCCAUGGUCUUGGAUGAUUUUGGCACGAGCCUACCCUUCAUUGAUGUCUACUUGUCCACUCUGGACAACCAGGAUGCUACCAUCUACAAGCUUCAGGAGCUGUACUACGAGAUCGUGCACGUGCUGAGCCUGAUGCUUGAAGACUUGCCCCAGAAGAAGCAGUCCCAGUCCUUGGAGAAGGUCGAGGAGAAGUAGCUGGAUGUGGGCACCCAGGCACCGAGGGCCUCGCAGGCUGUGACACCCUGUCCCGCCAAUUAAACACAGGUUUUCUGAGUUGGCCUCUU